AUGUCAGUCGAAGCAAAAACAUUCACGAACAAAUCUAAUGGCGAAACAUUCACAAAAGGCACUUAUAACGAUAUUGAAGUCUUACGUAGAGACAAGGAUGGUUACAUUAAUGCAACAAAGAUGGCAAGAGAAGCAGGAAAGUUAAACCAUUUAAACAGAUUUCUCAAUAGUACUAAAAUGCAGGAAAUUCUUGAGUUUUGGUUGAAAGAAUACGGUGGAGCCAAAAGUGGCUCGACCUCAAAACAAGCAUUUUAUGAGCUUGCUAAGGGCGUUAUAAAUGAAUUCAAAGGUAUUUACAUACAUCCUGACUUCGUUCAUUUUGUUGCUGAAUGGUGCUCUGUAAAGUAUGCAUUUUAUGUCAAAGAUAUUAUGGACUCCAUAGACAAGAAAGUUCAUGAGAAAUUAGAUGAAGAAGAACUCGAAGAUACAGUAGAGAAUGCUAAACCUUUGUUUGAAGAAGAAGUUGA